ACGUUUCUGUGAGUCAGAGCAGACUCCACGGUAUCAACGUGAAUCAGCCGAGCCCAUUCUGAAGGAGCUGAACGGGUCGUUUUCACACCUAAUACCCAAGUACAAAGCGCGUUGCUUUGUUUGACAAGAGGACGCGAUGUCCGGGCUAAAGAAACGGAGUUCAAAUGCAUCCACGGAACGGGAUGAAGACGACAAGCAGGUGACGGAGAAGAUGCUCACAGGCAGGGGUGGAAAUGGGAACACGAGCCCGUCAGGAGACAUCACGCCUGGAAGCCCGAGCACAGAUAUCAGCCCUGCGGAUGGAGAAGAGACAGUCGUGCUGAAAAGAACUAUAACUCUGGUGAACGGCGUGGCCAUCAUUGUGGGCACCAUCAUUGGCUCUGGCAUCUUCGUGACCCCAACCGGAGUGGUGAAAGAAGCCGGUUCGGUCGGGCUAUCUCUGGUUGUCUGGACUGUGUGCGGCGUCUUCUCCACUAUAGGCGCGCUGUGCUACGCCGAACUAGGGACCACUAUCACCAAAUCAGGGGGUGACUACGCUUACAUCCUUGAAGUUUACGGCUCCCUGCCUGCGUUUCUGAAACUGUGGAUCGAGCUGCUCAUCAUCAGGCCGUCCUCGCAGUAUAUUGUCGCAUAUGUUUUCGCCACUUACAUCCUGAAGCCAAUCUUUCCUGUCUGUCCCGUCCCUGAAACAGGGGCUAAGCUGGUGGCUUGUCUGUGUAUACUGUUGUUGACCGCUGUCAACUGCUACAGCGUGAAGGCCGCCACAAGGGUUCAAGAUGCCUUUGCCGCUGCUAAGCUACUCGCCUUGGGCCUCAUCAUCAUUAUUGGGUUUGUGGAGAUCGGCAAAGGUGAUACCGUUGAGCUUCUCCCUGAAAAUUCGUUCAAAGGAAGCAACACAGACUUUGGCAACAUCGGAUUGGCUCUUUACAGUGGGCUGUUUGCUUACGGAGGAUGGAAUUAUCUGAAUUUUGUCACAGAGGAGAUGAUUGAGCCAUACAAAAAUCUGCCUCGGGCCAUCAUCAUCUCGCUCCCCAUCGUCACCGUUGUCUAUGUGCUGACCAACCUGGCCUACUUCACCACACUCAGUCCAGAGAAAAUGCUUUCGUCUGAGGCCGUUGCUGUGGACUUUGGAAACUACCACUUGGGUCCAAUGGCUUGGAUAAUCCCCGUGUUUGUUGGCCUGUCCUGCUUUGGCUCUGUGAACGGCUCUCUGUUUACUUCAUCUAGGCUGUUCUUCGUGGGCUCCAGAGAAGGUCAUCUUCCCAGUUUGCUGUCCAUGAUCCACCCUGACCUGCUGACUCCUCUGCCUUCACUCAUAUUUACUUGCAUCAUGACUCUCCUGUACGCGUUCUCCAAUGACAUUUUCUCCGUCAUCAACUUCUUCAGCUUCUUCAACUGGCUCUGCAUUGCGAUGGCCAUUGUUGGAAUGAUGUGGCUACGCUACAAGAAACCUGAGCUGGAACGACCAAUUAAGGUCAAUAUUCUGCUGCCCAUUGUGUUCGUGCUGGCGUGUCUGUUCCUCAUCGUGGUGUCCUUCUGGAAGACCCCUGUGGAGUGUGCUAUAGGGUUCGGGAUCAUCGCUACAGGAGUUCCUGUCUAUUUCUUCGGCGUUUGGUGGCAGACGAAGCCGAAAUGGCUCCUGCAGAUCAUCUUCUCAUCCACGGUGAUGUGCCAGAAGAUGAUGGAGGUGGUACCCCAGGAGUCCUGA